UCUUCCAUUCCAACGGCUACCGCCAAGCACCCCACACUAGUCUGAUUCGAGAGAAUAAUGUAGUCAGUCCGCGAAAUGUUAUGAGGAAAAAGUUCUGCUUUCCCCCACAAGAUUUCGUUGGAGGUCGUAACUUAGGCUCAACUACGGUUAAACAAUAAAAAUUAAUACUAAUUGACAAAUAAACUAUUGUUGUUGUUGUUAUAUUAUUCACAAGUUAUUGAGUUGGAUGUCAAAAUAUUCACAGGGGAAAAUAAAAUAUGAGAUUGAAAUUUCAGACUUGAAGUCUUCAAAGCCAUGAAUGUGGAAGUCUCCUCUUGGAACUUGUCAGUGAGUGAUACGUUACAAUUAUUUAUUUAGUAAUGACACGCAUUAUAAAGACUAGCUCAAUGUGCCAGUGGAUUAUAAUAAUGUUUCGUGAUCAUGAAAACCGAAUUCAACAAUUCUUCUGAUUUGUGACCCUCAACCAAAGUGCCUCCUCUACAAAUAAUAAAUAUGCUGGCAAAACUGUUUGAAAUACACGGCAGCUUUUGCGCUGGCCAUCCUCUGGAGGUGAUUGUAACGACAUUUACACUUACUGCUUGUAUGCUGAAUUUGGAAACUGGUAACAAUGCGGCAAGAGAGGGAAGAUUGUCUGGAACAUCAUCGCAUUGCUGGAAUGGGAGAUGCAAUGGGGACGAUCAAAAUGCUGUGGAUGUUAUUGUGAUGACCAUCAUCCGAUGUCUGGCAGUUCUCUUCAGUUAUCAUCAGUUCCGUAAUCUCCAAAAGCUCGGUUCUAAAUAUAUUUUGGGUAUUGCUGGGCUAUUCACUGUUUUCUCCAGUGUUGUCUUCACGACGAGUGUUGUUAACUUCGGUCGCAGUGACAUGGCAGAUCUCAAGAAUGCCCUCUUCUUUUUCCUGCUUCUGAUCGACCUCAAUAAAGCUGGGGUUUUGGCUCAGCUGGCACUGAGUUCUAGAAGUCAAGAGGAAGUACGAGCAAAUAUCGCACGUGGUAUGUCUCUUCUUGGUCCAUCCAUCACCCUGGACACUCUCGUAGAGAUACUAUUGAUUGGAAUUGGAUCGCUGUCGGGGGUUAAGAGGCUAGAAGUUCUGUGCAGUUUUGCCUGCCUUGGAGUCGUCGUUAAUUACAUCGUCUUCAUGACGUUCUACCCUGCUUGUUUGUCAUUGAUACUUGAGUUUCACAGUCGUUGGCCAUUUAAACACGGAGACGGGGACGACACAGUAGAGGGGACAACAUCACCUAUAAAUUCUCACAUAAUAAUUAAUAAUCACAAUAAAUCAAAAACCCCGGAGGACUUUAAAGAGCAUUUGAUGAAUUGGUUAUCAGUGAGUGCUGAUAACAUAGUAAUUCUCAUUCUCCUUCUUGCUCUUGCAUUGAAGUUUAUUUUCAUUGAGGACAAGGGGGAUAUUGCGAAGCAACUGAGGUUCAAGGAGAAGGAAGAGGACGAGGAAAUAGCCUCGCAUGAAGAAACGUCCAUGGAGACGAUGCAUGCAUCCUCUCUCGAUAUGUCCAUCAGGCAAAGAUUUGCUCCUGAUCUGCCCACCGUCCGCACAUCAGUAUUUCCAUUAUCAGGGAUGGGAGACAAUUGGAUGGUCGUUGGAGGUGACACCCAGGUGGAAGUCGAGGAUAAAGAAGUGCAGACUGACGGUAGAGUAUUAAUUACUGAUGGUACGCCGGAGGAAAUAACUAAGGAUGAGAAAGAACCCAGAAGCGUUGAGGAAUGUCUGGAGAUUUAUAAGUCUGAAUUGGGUGCUAACGCUUUAACCGAUAAAGAAGUCAUUCAACUCGUUAAAAAUCGUCACAUCCCAGCCUAUCAGCUUGAGAAAGCAGUAGGUGACAUGGAGCGUGGUGUUGGAAUUCGCCGUCUACUGAUAACAGAAUCGGCAAAAUUUACGGAUGAAUUAGCCGAUCUUCCUUACAAGAAUUACGACUACACAAAAGUGUUGGGCUCGUGUUGUGAGAAUGUAAUCGGUUAUGUUCCAGUUCCAGUGGGAAUUGCUGGUCCACUGUUGGUGGAUGGUGAAUUAAUUAGAAUACCAAUGGCAACGACAGAGGGUUGUCUCGUGGCAUCGACAAAUCGAGGAAGCAGAGCACUCAUGAAGUGUGGAGUUACAAGUCGAGUUGUUGCUGAUGGGAUGACAAGGGGUCCAGUCGUUAGAUUUCCAAAUAUCGUACGUGCUAGUGAGGCAAUGGCUUGGAUGCAGGAGACAACGAAUUUCAAUGAAAUGAAGAGGUGUUUCGAUGAGACUAGUAGAUUCGCCAGGUUAACGAGGAUACACGUGAGAAUAGCUGGCAGACAUUUGUUCAUAAGAUUUGUGGCUAAAACAGGUGAUGCCAUGGGUAUGAAUAUGCUGUCGAAAGGUACAGAGAAAUCACUGCAGUGUGUUCAAGGAUCGUUCACUGAUAUGGAGAUAUUAUCGCUGAGUGGUAAUUUUUGCACUGAUAAAAAACCAGCUGCUGUCAAUUGGAUCGAGGGAAGGGGCAAGAGUGUUGUCUGCGAGGCUAUUGUUCCAGCUGAUGUCGUUGAGGCUGUAUUGAAAACUUCUGUACAUGCUAUUGUCGAUGUUAAUAUUAAUAAGAAUCUUGUUGGAUCAGCUGUUGCUGGAAGUGUUGGGGGCUUCAAUGCUCAUGCUGCUAAUGUUGUGACUGCCAUUUAUAUUGCAACAGGCCAGGAUCCAGCUCAGAAUGUUGGCAGCAGCAAUUGUAUGACGUUGAUGGAACCCUGGGGUGUUGAUGGAAAGGAUCUUUAUAUUUCCUGUACCAUGCCUAGUAUUGAGAUUGGCACCAUUGGGGGUGGUACUGGUUUACCUGCACAGAGUGCUUGUUUGUCGAUGCUGGGGGUACAGGGGGCUCAUGACAGCGAUCCAGGAGAAAAUUCUAGCAAACUUGCGAGAAUUGUUUGUGCCACUGUUCUUGCCGGGGAAUUGUCCCUCAUGGCUGCACUCACCGAGGGUCAUCUAGUCAAAAGUCAUCUCAGACAUAAUCGAUGUGAACAUAAAAAAAAAUUCUGA